UCACGUCCGUUUGGUAGGAGAACGCUACGUAAUUGGCACGUUUUCUCCUAUAACGCCUAAUCUCGAAGGGUUGGCGCCUUCAUCAAAUGCAGUGAGCGUCGGUGUACGUAAAAUGGCGGACGGUGACAUUGAUUUGUACGCCGACGAUCUCGAGCAAGAUUUCGCGCAGUUUCACGGGAAGAAAAGCAAAAUGGUGUUGGCGGAUGAGUUUGCUGGCGACGGUGUCGAUUUAUAUGACGACGUAAUAGCAGCCCCUGCCGGUGGUAACGGUGGUGUGUCUACAGGAAAUAGUGGAGAUGGUGGAGGAGAUAAUACUUCACCAAACGAAGAAACUAAUGGUAGUGCACCUUACCAUCAACUUGGGAAUAAUAUCCAGCCAAAUCAGAUUGGAAGACGUCAUCAAUUAUACGUUGGCAAUUUGACUUGGUGGACUAGUGAUCAAGAUAUAACUGAUGCAGUACAAAGUAUCGGCGUAUCAGAUUUUGUUGAAGUGAAAUUCUUUGAGAAUAGAGCCAAUGGACAAUCGAAAGGUUUCUGUGUGAUAUCCCUGGGUUCAGAACAAAGUAUGAGAUUGUGUAUGGAAAGAUUGCCUAAGAAAGAAUUGCAUGGUCAGAAUCCAGUUGUAACAUUUCCCACUAAACAAGCUUUGAAUCAAUUCGAGUCUCAGUGCAAGACACGUCCAGCUCCAGCUCCCCAGCAAAGUCAGAGUCAGCGUCCCCACAAUCCGCAUCAACAUCAACCACCAAUGCCCCCUCAUCAGCAGCAUCCACAACAUCCCCAACACCCGCAACAUUCGCAACAGAAUCACGGUCCAAGGAUGAUGAUGGGACCCCCUCAGGGUGUGAGACCACAGCGAAUGCCGCCUCCUGGUAUGGGUCCUCCAGGUCCUGGUGGACCUGGUCAACAGGGCCCACCGAGAAUGCAUGGUCCACCAAUGGGCCCGGGACCAGGACCUCAUCAUCCUUUGCCUGGACAUCCGAAUCAAGGCCCACCGCCUCCCGGAUAUCAGCAAGGACCUUGGAACGGGCCUAGACCUAACGGUCCACCUGGGCCUCCGAGAGGUCCUAGUGGACCUGGUGGCCCGGGGCCUCAACAAGGUCCUCCUGGACCUGGUCCUGGCCAGCAUCGGCCACCAGGAAUGAGUUGCAAUAGAGACCUUUCAGAAGCCAGUUACCAUAUGCAACAGCAAUUUCAUGGUGGCCCGCCUGGUCCACCUGGUCAGGGACCUCCACGCGGCCCUCCUGGACAUCCUGGUGGUCCACCGGGUGACCCAAGAGGUGCUCAGCCACGUCCCGAAUGGAAUAGACCGCCAGGAAUGCAUCACGGGCCUCAGGGACCACCAGGUUUCCCUCAACAUCAACAUAUGCAAGGCCCGCAACCUGGUCAAGGCCCACCACAGAGAGGACCUCCUCCAGGUUCUAUGGGUGGAAUGUUACCAGGUCCAGGAGGACCGCCACCUGGACACGGAGGUCCACCUCAAGGACCACCGCAGGGACCUCCCGGGGGGCCAGCACCGCAUGUGAAUCCAGCAUUUUUUCCACAAGGUCCACCUCACCAGCAUCCGGGACAGCAUCCAGCAGGUCCCCCUGGUCCACCCCAUGGCCCGCCUCAUGGUCCACCACAUGGCCCACCUCAUGGGCCUCCCCAUGGUCCUCCGCAUGGUCAACCACAUGGGCCGCCUCAUGUUCCACCGCACGGCUAUGGGCCACCUGCGCAGCAGCCGCCGUACGGUGCGCCAGGGCCUGAUCAUCGUCCAGAAGGACCUCCUCCCCUCACUGAGCAAGAAUUCGAAGAGAUCAUGGGUAGAAAUAGAACCGUUUCAUCUUCGGCAAUUGCGCGAGCAGUAUCAGAUGCUGCAGCAGGGGAAUACGCGAGCGCGAUAGAAACUUUGGUUACGGCCAUUUCUCUUAUUAAACAAUCGAAAGUUGCCGCGGAUGAUAGAUGCAAGAUCUUGAUCAGUUCUUUACAAGACACUUUACGCGGCGUCGAGACCAAGAGCUAUGGGUCCGCUCGAAGAGAACGAUCACGCUCGCGGGACAGAGAACGCAGUCACAGAAGAAGACGCGAACGUUCCAGGAGCCGUGAUAGGGAGUACAGAGAGAGAAGCAGGGACAGGGACAGGGAACGUGACAGGGAACGCGAUCGUGAAAGGGAGAGGGAUCGUGAUCGUGACAGAGAACGUUAUUAUAGUGAACCAUACCCACGGGAGAGAUCACGAAGCAGGGAACGGGAUCGUGAACGUGAAAGGGAUCGCGAGUAUAGAGAGCGAAGCAGAGAAGAAAGAGAGAAUGAAAAGGGAAGAAGACCGCAAAGGGCUGAGCGUGUACUUUUAAACAAGUACCAGGAAACCGACGAAGGACUCUCACAGAGUGCAGUACAAGAUAGUUAAUACUCUGUUGUGCAACAAAAAACAGGGGAUCCAUCCUCUAUACAUUUUUGUUGUAACAUACGAGAUCUGCAUGAUCACACUUGUGAACGAUUAUGUUUCUCGAUGUGCCAUUUUAAACUACCAUAGUUUAACGACAGGUAGAGAUAAGAGACGCUUAAUUGAGCAUGACCAACUCAUAGUCCAAUUGUUCUAGUUCUGUUCGUUUCGAUCCUUUGCGAUAUUGUUUUGUCCAGUUACAGGAUUCAAAUCUCUUUAGUUUUUCUUUGUUUCGGUCACUGUGUUUCGAUAGUCAUUUACAGAUUAAUUUAUUCUAUAUAUGUAGGUAUUCACAUAAUUAAUUUUGUACAGUUUUUCUUUCCAAAGAGACUGAUCUAUUGAUUUAAUUAAAGAACGUAGAGAAAAAUCUGUGAAUAGCGUUAUGAAAAUUGUUCAAGAAAGAUUGGUUUCUAAAAAUACUGUAACUCGUAAGAUCACGAUAGUUCACUACAAAUGACAAUACAAGUACCAUUAGAGAGAUGAAAAUAGGAUCGCAAAGGAUUAAUAUAAGAAUGUGCUCUUUAUUUGAAACUCGAAUCAACUUUUAUGCACAAGCCAUAUCUUAGUUUAAUGAUUAAAUUGUGGACAAUUCGACUAUAAGUAUAGCUUUUAAAGAAUCAAAUGUAUAAAUCGUAGUUCUUAAAAUGAUUUCCAAGUUUCAACAAAAGAAGAACAUUUUCCGCGUUAGCACCUUCAGUGUCAGUUUUUUAUGUACAGAUAUUUUUUUAUUUCAUUAAGGAUCACCGAAAAAGUGUCAUCGUAGUUUGACAAUUUUGUUUUGUUUUUGAAAAAGAAUAUUUUUCAGGGAGUUUCGUCUUGCCAGAGUAAAAAAGGACACUUAAUCGCAUUCAAAUAGACGCUAAUGUAAUUUUAUAUAGAGUACUAUUUUUUCGUUUCAUUUUGAAAAUGAACGAAAGACUGCACUACAUUCUUAAAUUAAAAACAUGCGACAACUAUUUUUUGCGUGCUAAUAAUAAGAAUUGUCCAUUUAAAUCGCGUUGCUCAAGUUCGAAGUUACAGCUUUUAAGAACUUCUUCAUAUUCUCAUUUUUUGUUUUUAACAUGAUAUCGUUUAUAAAAUGGUUUGUACAUUUCUUUUUAA